AUGGCAAUUCGCGUGUUGGGUAGCGUCUCCGUGGAAAGAAAUCAGGCUGUAGUGGUGUUGGAAGUGGCUGGGGGCGAAGUGGAUCGGCUGCUCGACCAGUGCCACCACUGCAAGCAUUCGUGGCAAAAGUUUCCCAUCCACGAAUCCCGACGACCAGUCCUUGUCGCCGCAAUGAUCUGCAAUGUGCAACGUGGCCUGCGGCUUGGCCGGGGCCUUUUUGUGGCCUGGUCCGGUGCUGCAGAGCAACAAGUACUGCACUCACUGCAACGACCGAAAUUGGUACGAUCAAAGCAGGCAGCGCCAUUGGCUUUGGCAUCCCCUCCGCCAGUGCUGGCUUCGAGGGAUGCUGCAGUCAAUUCGUCAUCCGCGUCGAUGUCGAGUUCUUCGGAUUCUUCGAGCUACUCCUCAUCUGACUCUGAAGGUGCAGCAGUGGAGGAAGCGCAAGGGGUCCCCACUCCACCCUUGGGGGUCCAGCAAGACGAUGGAAGUGAUGGCGAUUGCAUCCCCAGCCCGGCGUUGAACGUGGGUCCGCCUUCGCCUGGUGCUGAUUCUGAUAUGGAACACCAACCUUAA